AUGACAAUAACGUACCCGAGAAAAAUAUGGAUAGUUCGGCAUGCCGAACGCGAAGACAACGUGAAUCGUCACUGGCGUAAGCUCGACGGAGCCGAUGGCCUAGCAUCGGACAACUCAAUGCUAAGUGCUCGUGGAAAACAACAAGCGAACGAAUGCAAGAAUCGAUUCAAAAACGCUCAAAUCGCGCAUUGUUUCGCGUCGCCAUUCGAUCGAACCAUCGAAACGGCAUCAACGAUAAUUGAGGAGAAAAAUCUGAAAGUUAAAGCGGAAGGCGGCCUUUGUGAGGCACUUUAUCUGUGCGAAAAGCCACCGGGAUUCUGGGAAACUGAGCAAUUGGCGGAGAAAUUCCUAUUGGUUGAUACCGACUAUGUGCCCGUUUAUUCGAGGUACACUCUUCCGAAAGAGGCUUGCGGAGACGACGCAUGUGUGAAACGUGUCGGAGACACACUUCGGAAGCUGUUCGAGAAAUUUGAAGGAAACCUGCUCCUCGUCGGACAUGGUGCAUCGAUUGGCGCUUGUCACGAAAUCCUGAUGGGCGAUUUCAAAUAUGUGGGUCAGGCUACAGUAUCCGAGUUCGAGGAAACCGCUCCUGGCAAAUAUCGAUGCAAUUUCAGUUCGGAUUCGUCGCACUUGUCGGAUAAGAAAAUUUGA